AUGGCUUCUUUAGUGUCUUCUCCAUUUACCUUAACCAGUUCUAAGGUUGAGCAAAUUUCUCCUCUUUCCCAAAAACACCUUUUUCUUCAUUCGUUCCUUCCCAAGAAGGCCAAUUGCUAUGGCAGCAACUCAAAGGUUUCUCUGAGAGUGAAAUGUGCUGCGAUUGGCAACGGUCUUUUCACUCAAACCACCCCAGAAGUGCGUAGGAUAGUUCCUGAGAAGAACCAAAACCUGCCAACAGUUAAAAUCGUGUAUGUUGUGCUUGAAGCACAAUACCAAUCAUCUCUCUCUGCUGCCGUUAGAGCUCUCAACAGCAACAACAAAGGUGCUGCCUUUGAAGUUGUGGGGUACUUGGUGGAGGAGCUUCGAGAUGAAUCCACUUACAGGACCUUCUGCAAGGACUUGGAAGAUGCUAACAUUUUCAUUGGGUCACUGAUUUUUGUGGAGGAGCUUGCCCUCAAGGUUAAGGCUGCUGUGGAGAAAGAAAGGGACAGGCUUGAUGCAGUUUUGGUUUUCCCAUCAAUGCCUGAGGUAAUGAGGCUAAACAAACUGGGGUCUUUCAGUAUGUCUCAGCUUGGACAAUCCAAGAGCCCCUUUUUCCAGCUCUUCAAGAAGAAGAAGCAGUCUUCUGCUGGGUUUGCUGACAGCAUGUUGAAGUUGGUGAGGACUUUGCCAAAGGUGUUGAAGUACUUGCCAAGUGAUAAGGCUCAGGAUGCCAGGCUGUACAUUCUGAGUCUGCAGUUUUGGCUUGGUGGAUCACCUGACAAUUUGCAAAACUUUCUCAAGAUGAUUUCGGGGUCUUAUGUUCCGGGGUUGAAAGGGACAAAGAUGGAGUACUCGGAGCCGGUUUUGUACUUGGACAAUGGAAUUUGGCACCCUCUAGCUCCUUGUAUGUAUGAUGACGUGAAGGAGUAUUUGAAUUGGUACGGAACUAGAAGGGAUGCAAAUGAGAUGCUGAAGAGUCCAAAUGCGCCUGUAAUUGGUUUGAUUUUGCAGAGGAGUCACAUUGUGACUGGGGAUGAUGGUCACUAUGUGGCUGUGAUCAUGGAGCUUGAGGCCAAAGGUGCUAAGGUUAUUCCAAUUUUCGCCGGUGGGCUUGACUUUUCGGGGCCAGUGGAGAGGUUCUUGAUUGAUCCAAUAACUAAGAAAACGUUUGUGAAUUCUGUGGUGUCACUCACUGGCUUCGCGCUUGUUGGGGGCCCUGCAAGGCAGGAUCAUCCAAGGGCAAUUGAAGCUUUGAUGAAGCUAGAUGUUCCUUACAUAGUUGCAUUACCAUUGGUGUUCCAGACAACAGAAGAAUGGCUGAACAGUACUCUGGGCUUGCAUCCAAUUCAGGUUGCUCUUCAAGUUGCACUGCCAGAGCUAGAUGGGGGCAUGGAGCCUAUAGUUUUUGCUGGUCGAGAUCCUAAAACAGGAAAAUCUCAUGCUCUUCACAAGAGAGUGGAGCAGCUCUGCACCAGGGCAAUAAAAUGGUCUGAAUUGAAAAGGAAAACGAAGGAAGAGAAGAAACUGGCAAUCACUGUCUUCAGUUUCCCACCAGACAAAGGCAAUGUAGGAACUGCAGCCUACCUUAACGUAUUCUCCUCCAUUUUCUCUGUUCUAAAAGAUCUUCAAAGAGAUGGAUACAAUGUUGAGGGACUUCCAGAAUCUUCAGAAGCUUUGAUUGAAGAAGUAAUACAUGACAAAGAAGCACAAUUUAGCAGCCCAAAUCUGAACGUUGCAUACAAAAUGAGUGUCCGAGAAUACCAAAAUCUAACUCCCUAUGCCACAGCAUUAGAAGAAAACUGGGGAAAAGCUCCAGGGAAUCUGAAUUCAGAUGGAGAGAAUCUAUUGGUAUAUGGGAAGCAAUAUGGUAAUAUAUUCAUAGGUGUUCAACCCACAUUUGGCUAUGAAGGUGAUCCUAUGCGGUUGCUUUUCUCCAAAUCUGCAAGUCCUCAUCAUGGAUUUGCAGCAUAUUACUCUUUUGUUGAGAAAAUUUUCAAAGCUGAUGCUGUUCUUCAUUUUGGGACACAUGGUUCCCUAGAAUUCAUGCCUGGAAAGCAGGUGGGAAUGAGUGAUGUAUGUUAUCCCGACAGUCUGAUUGGGAACAUUCCCAAUGUCUAUUAUUAUGCUGCAAACAACCCUUCCGAGGCUACCAUCGCCAAACGUAGGAGCUAUGCAAAUACCAUUAGCUAUCUGACUCCUCCAGCAGAAAAUGCAGGACUCUACAAAGGUCUUAAGCAAUUAAGUGAGCUCAUCUCCUCAUACCAAUCCCUCAAGGACACUGGCCGCGGACCACAAAUUGUUAGCUCAAUCAUAAGCACAGCUAAACAAUGUAAUCUUGACAAGGAUGUGGAACUGCCAGAUGAGAGUGAAGACAUCCCUGCCAAAGACCGCGACCUUGUGGUUGGAAAGGUGUAUGCCAAGAUAAUGGAGAUCGAGUCCCGCCUGUUGCCUUGUGGGCUGCAUGUCAUUGGUGAGCCACCCUCAGCCUUGGAAGCAGUUGCAACACUAGUGAACAUAGCAGCACUUGAUCGUCCUGAAGAUGGUAUUUCCUCUCUCCCAUCAAUACUAGCUGCGACUGUAGCAAGGAACAUGGAGGAAGUCUAUAGAGGGAGUGACAAAGGAAUACUAAAGGAUGUAGAGCUUCUUCGGCAGAUAACUGAAGCUUCACGUGGAGCAAUCACUUCCUUUGUGGAGCGGACUACUAAUGAUAAGGGUCAAGUGGUUGAUGUAGCUGAUAAACUCACCUCAAUUCUUGGAUUUGGCAUAAAUGAACCGUGGGUGGAUUACUUGUCAAACACCAAAUUUUACCGAGCUGAUAGGGAAAAACUCAGAACCUUGUUCAUGUUCUUGGGAGAAUGUUUGAAGUUGGUUGUAACUGAUAAUGAAUUGGGAAGUUUGAAACAAGCCUUGGAGGGUAAAUAUGUAGAGCCAGGACCUGGUGGUGAUCCAAUUAGAAAUCCUAAAGUUUUACCAACAGGGAAAAAUAUUCAUGCACUGGACCCACAAGCUAUUCCUACUACAGCAGCAAUGCAAAGUGCCAAAGUAGUGGUGGAUAGAUUGAUUGAGAGGCAGAAAGCAGAAAAUGGAGGAGAUUAUCCUGAGACCAUUGCACUUGUAUUGUGGGGAACAGAUAAUAUUAAGACAUAUGGAGAGUCCCUGGCUCAGGUCUUGUGGAUGAUCGGUGUGACACCAGUAGCUGAUACAUUUGGAAGGGUCAAUCGGGUGGAACCUGUAAGUCUUGAAGAGCUUGGAAGGCCAAGGAUUGAUGUUGUUGUUAAUUGUUCAGGAGUAUUCAGGGACCUUUUCAUCAAUCAGAUGAAUCUUCUGGAUAGAGCAGUGAAGAUGGUUGCUGAAUUGGAUGAACCAGCAGAGCAAAACUUUGUCAGGAAGCAUGCACUAGAACAAGCUCAAACCCUUGGGAUCGACAUUAGAGAAGCAGCAACAAGGAUCUUCUCCAAUGCCUCAGGGUCCUACUCCUCAAACAUAAACCUGGCAGUGGAGAAUUCUUCAUGGAAUGAUGAGAAGCAGCUCCAGGACAUGUACCUUAGCCGAAAGUCUUUCGCUUUUGAUUGUGAUGCGCCUGGUGCAGGCAUGACCGAAAAAAGAAAGGUCUUUGAGAUGGCUCUGAGCACAGCAGAUGCCACAUUCCAAAACCUUGAUUCAUCAGAAAUCUCCCUCACUGACGUCAGUCAUUACUUUGACUCAGAUCCAACAAACCUGGUUCAAAAUCUAAGGAAAGAUGGGAAGAAGCCAAGUGCAUACAUUGCUGACACUACCACUGCUAAUGCUCAGGUGCGUACCCUCGCCGAGACGGUUCGACUAGAUGCAAGAACCAAGCUAUUGAAUCCCAAGUGGUAUGAAGGCAUGUUGUCUAGUGGAUAUGAGGGUGUUCGUGAAAUUGAGAAGAGGCUCACUAACACAGUUGGAUGGAGUGCAACUUCAGGCCAAGUUGACAACUGGGUGUAUGAAGAAGCCAACACAACCUUCAUUCAAGAUGAGGAAAUGCUGAAGAAGCUCAUGAGCACAAAUCCAAACUCCUUUAGGAAGCUGGUGCAGACAUUCUUGGAAGCCAAUGGACGAGGUUACUGGGAAACUUCAGAAGAAAACAUUGAGAAGCUCAGGCAGUUGUACUCAGAAGUUGAAGACAAAAUUGAAGGCAUUGAUCGCUGA